GGGGGUUGUGGAUAAAUUAGAAUGGUUCUUUUUGAAAAAUCAAGGUUUCCAAGUGAAGAACUACUACAAGACAUUGAGAGGGGGAGGGAAUCUCUUCAUUGGAAGAGCAUUUGGAAAAGUGCACCCUUCUCGUGGUUUGUGUUAUGAGGAAAGAGUUUGACUAUGGAGUACCUAAUAAAGAAAGGGGUAAUUAUUAUGAAUAGGUGUUUUAUGUGUAAAAUCAAGGCUCAGGAAUUGUGGUCUUCACUUUUUUGCUUGGUUGGUGUUUCUUGGGUACUGCUUUAUUCCAUGUUGGAUUUUGGGAGGGACAUCUUGGCGAGAGAAGCCAUGGGGGGAUUUCAAAAGUUGUUAAUGUUUUGCCUUUGGAGAGAAAGAAAUGCUCAUUGCUGUUAGGGGAAAGGGCUGCACACGAUGAAGUUGAUGUUCUUAUUUUUCAAGACAUUAGAUGAAUGGGCUAUUCUCAUACAUUUCGACUGUGGACUUUCUAGAGUUCCUGGACACCAUGAAUUCAUUAAUCUUUAUUGUACUUUAUUUUUUAUUUUUGCUUGGGCUUUUCCUUUGUAUACUUUCCAUGUGCUAGGUUUGUGCUCCUUUCACACUUUUUCUUUUAAUGGAUUUUUAUUUCCUAUCAAAAAAGUUUAAUGAUCUGUUGUAUACAUGUUUCCUACUUUUCUGAUGUUCCUGCUAUUAGCAAUGGAGUGGUUAAAAUAACACUCAGCUGUGGAUAUCCUUGUUCACUGUGAGGAGCAGAUAUUGACCUGCAGCAUGCCAGAUACAGAGGAUGGUGAGGGUUAUGUUAAUCAAGAUGAGGAAGCUGUAGCAAUGAUUGAAGAAUCACCUUCAGGUGUUGGAAAUCAUUUGAAUAAACAUGGUGAUGAAGCUGCACCUGGCAAUGACGGAUUGUGGAGCAUGGACUGCUCAGCAGUUCUUAGAGUCAAAACCAUACACAUAAGUUCUCCAAUUUUAGCAGCGAAGAGUCCCUUUUUCUAUAAGUUGUUUUCAAAUGGAAUGAGAGAGUCAGAGCAGCGACAAGUAACUUUAAGGAUCCAUGCAUCUGAGGAAGCAGCCCUCAUGGAUCUUCUUAAUUUUAUGUACAGUAAUACUUUGUCAGCAACAACGUCGCCCGCUUUGUUGGAUGUGCUGAUGGCUGCUGACAAAUUUGAGGUUGCAUCGUGCAUGAGAUAUUGUAGCAGGUUAUUACGAAGCAUGCCAAUGUCUUGUGAGUCUGCAUUGCUCUAUUUAGAUCUUCCUUCUAGUGUGUUAAUGGCUGAUGCAGUUCAGCCAUUGACUGAUGCGGCAAAACAGUUUCUUGCUGGACGCUACAAAGACAUAACUAAGUUUCAGGAUGAGGUGCUGAACCUGCCCCUGGCUGGUGUUGAGGCAGUAUUAUCAAGUGAUGAUCUCCAGGUGCCUUCAGAAGAUGCUGUUUAUGACUUUGUGCUGAAAUGGGCUCGGACCCAUUAUCCAAAACUUGAGGACCGAAGAGAGGUCCUUGGCUUACGCCUUGGUCGCCUCAUCCGAUUUCCAUACAUGACCUGUCGAAAAUUAAGGAAGGUUUUAACUUGCAAUGACUUUGAUCCUGAGCUGACAUCAAAGGUUGUGCUUGAGGCUCUCUUUUUCAAGGCUGAGCCUCCGUAUCGGCAGCGCUCCCUCGCUGCAGAUGAGGCCAGUACCAGAUAUCAUCGCUUUGUUGAGCGAGCAUACAAGUAUCGCCCAGUCAAGGUGGUUGAAUUUGAACUACCCCGUCAGCAAUGUGUUGUGUACCUGGACCUGAAGCGGGAGGAGUGUUCACUUCUGUUUCCAACUGGUCGGGUUUACUCGCAGGCUUUUCACCUAGGUGGGCAGGGUUUUUUCUUGUCCGCGCACUGCAACAUGGACCAACAAAGCUCAUUCCAUUGCUUUGGGCUAUUUUUAGGGAUGCAAGAAAAGGGAUCAGUCACUUUUGCUGUUGACUAUGAGUUUGCAGCAAGGUCAAAGCCAACUGAGGAGUAUGUGAGCAAGUAUAAAGGUAAUUAUACUUUCACAGGAGGGAAGGCUGUCGGGUAUAGAAAUCUUUUUAGUAUACCCUGGACGGCAUUCAUGGCCGAUGACAGCCUCUAUUUCAUUGAUGGUGUUGUCCAUCUUAGGGCUGAGCUCACCAUCAGGCAAUGAGCUCUUUUUGGGUCUUGUUUUGUGGAGCUUUUGUAUGUUUUCAAUCCUCUGGCAACUCUCUCUCUAGUUUAACAUAUGCCCCUCGGAGCCUUGUUACAUUUUUUUUUCUUAAGAGGCUGUGUAAUAGUUGUAUUAUUGAUGCUGCCACAGUUGCUUUUUGGAGGUAGAAGGAUAAAAGUGGGGAUUUGUAGUAUGAUGGGUGAAAAAUGUAUAAUCUUGAAUGUAAUGUUUCCCGCCCCUUUAAAAGGAAGGUGCUGUUAAUGUAUAUGUAAUUACAUUUUUUCAUUUGCAUUUCUCUCAUGAAACAUUACCUUUCAAAAUGGCAGAAUUGUAUCAAAACUGUAAAAGAGAUGGUUGUACAUCAAUGAGUAUAUAUUUGGUGAUAAAGUGAGUGAGGGUAUCCAAGUUCCUACUCUUUCUACUA